UGUAUAUUGAAUUAAUUUUAAUGCGUCAUUAGUUAAAUACUUACUAUAAAAGUUGUUUAUUGUUUACUUACAAUAAACCGCUGAAACAGGGCUUGUGUUAAGAUGUCGGAUCUAUUGACUAAUAUCCAGAAAACCAGACAAAAUGCAAGAAAAGCAAUAUCACAAGGAAUAUUAGAUACUGCACUCUUUCUGUCAAAUGUAGCCCAGCUUAAAUCAAUUGUAGACGAGGAUCUAGGAACAGAAGCAAAACCAAAAGUAGCAAUAACUAUGAUCUCAUUAUCGUUACUCAUACAAGUAGUGAUCGGGAUCUUAAUCAUUUUGUUAUUGGAUGUUGAAGGCGCCUUGAUAGAACUUGGAGACAUAGCACGUGGUGGUCCAAUGGUUCCUGCUGAAGACGAAAUCACAGAAGAAUCAACUCUUUUGGAACCAGAAUCAAGACCUACCGAUCAUACAGGGGGUACUUAUGUUCCAGAUAAAAGACGAAAGCUAAAAUCUCGGGCCAGGAGAAUGAACACUGCUAUAUUAUUUUUUAUAUUUGUAGUUCUUUGCUUAAAUAUGAUCAUUAAUGGCUUAGAACUAUCAAAACCAAACACUCUGAAACAAUGGCUUAAAGCUUAUAAUAUAACAAUUCCAAGAUAAUUAAUGGCAUACUUUCCAGUUAGAAUUGACUGCAUAAAACUUCAAUAAGUCUUAUAUCAGACUUGAACUUUUGAAAUACCAACAGAUCAAAGAACUGAUUUGUCUGAACUAUUCAAAUUUCCUAUAUCUGAAUUCAUUAAUUCAUUGUGAGAGUGUUUGAAAUGACGUCUCAUCAAAAUAUUGAGAGUAAUAUUGUAAUCACUAAUUUGUCAAUCUUACAAAUCGGUCAAAAUUGUUUUUAUAUUAAAUAAACUCAUCAUAGAUA